AUGGCACCACCUGUGGUCCAGCUCCUGUUCCUCCAGCUUGUUCCAGGGCCAGCCUUGGUCGAAAACAUCCAGCUACAGCUUGCCAUCAAGAAAUUCCGUACCUUACAUAUCGACUAUCCCAAGGUUAACUACGCAAAGGGUUUCUGGGGCUACUGUAAUGGUCUGAUGUCCUAUGUACGGGGCAGACAACAAAGCUGGUAUUGCCCAAAGGUCCAUUAUGUCUUACAUGCCCCGUGGACAGCCAUCAAGAAGUUCUGCAAGUACAGCGAGAGCUUCUGUGAGAAUUACAAUGAAUAUUGUACAGUCACCCAGGACUCCUUCCCCCUCACAACCUGCUCCCUGAGCUCCAAGCAGCCACCCACCAGCUGCCACUACACCAGCACCCUAACCAACCAAAGGCUCCAUCUGCCCUGCUCCCAAAAGUGUGAUGCUGAUCCGAUAGAUAUCAUUGGCCUCUACUAG